UAAACUUUCUUUACUUUGUAGAUAAAAUAUGGCAGAAAUCGAAGAAUUGUACAAAAAUUUCGGAAUUUUAGCUGAUGCUGGUGAGAAAGCUGGUGAUCAUGUUGAGUUGUAUCAAGCAAUCUUGAAUGCUACCAAAGGAAGUUUGCCUCAAAAAAAGUUGGCAUGUCAAUUCAUUCCACGUUUCUUUAAAUAUUUUCCUGCGUUAGCUGAAAGUGCUAUUGAUGCACAGUUGGACCUCUGCGAAGAAGAGGAGACUCCGGUUCGAAGAAUGGCUAUAAAAUCUCUACCUGACUUCUGUAAAACUGCUACUGAACACAUUCCUAGAAUUACAGAUAUUCUGACACAGCUCUUGCAACAAGAAGAUGCAUCUGAGCUUGCCAUUGUGCGAAGUGGAUUGGAAGCAUUGAUUGUAAAAGAUCCAGAAGCUGCACUUGGUGGCAUAUUCACACAAAUUUGUGUGGGUGACGACUUAGUUCGGGAGAAAGCAAUUAGUUUUUUGACGCAAGCAGCUCCUGGAAAAACAUUUGCAUCUGAUGAGAAAGCUGGCCAGUUCCUGUUAUUGGAAGUUCGAAAAGUGUUAAGUGAUGUUACUGGUGACGAAUUUACUGGUUUUGUGUCCAUGUUGACAAAAGUCAAAUCGAUUGCAUCAAACCCACAAAACCUUGCCGACUUGAUUACUGAACAAGCCAACCUUGAUAAGCAGUUUGAACCAUCCGAACCAGAAAGUUUGGAUCGACUCAUAACGUGUACACGUCAAGCAUCACCAUUUUUUCUAAGGGGAGCCUCACCGGCUAAAUACCUUGAAUAUCUGUUUAAAAAUGUGUUGCCUGUUCUAGAUCAAAUAGUCAGCACAGAUGCAGGUGAUUACAAGUAUGAAGUUUUGAAGCUGAUUGCUGAAUUGAGUGGAAAUGCUACUGCAGAGAACGCCAAGGAACACAUCCUUGCAGUGUACACUAAAUUGCUAGAGUACAUGCCCCUUCCGUCUGAAGGUAGUAUCGAGGAAAGUGAAGAGGAUGCCAUUCAAAAAUUAAACUUUUCUUUUGUUGAAUGUCUUUUGUAUGCUGUACAUAAAUUAGGUGCCAAAAAUGUCGAAUUCUUUACUGCUGAAGAGUCAGCAGAACGUUUAAAAGAUUUUCGACAGAGGCUGCAAUACUUCGGGAGGAUGGUACAAGCUUACAUUAAGCAGUUAAGAACUGUACUACAGGGGAAGCCUAAGGCUGAAUUAGAGCAAGCAGAAAACAAAAUAAAAGUAAUGGCUUUGACGAUAUGUAACAAUGCUAACAAUAUGAUUAAGGACUUUCUUCACAACCCACCAUCUUAUAAAAGCCAUGCAGUGUUGUCAUGGAAAUCGAAAACAACACCUGUGCAACCGGCUGACGAAAGUGUUGCAGAGAAAAGAAAACGUGCUGGUAUCACGCCCAUCAGUUUGGAUAAUCUACCAACAAAAAAAGAUAAAAGUGGUGGUAAGGGUGGAGUUUAUUCUCUGCCAACGCAAAGAAAAGGUGUGCAGAUGGAUGAUAAUUAUGUUGGUAGAAGGAAGUCAUGGGGUAAUAAUAGCAAUAAUAGAGGCCGAUUUAAUCGACGUGGCAGAGGCUCCUAUCGUGGUAACCGUGGCGGUGGUGGUAGAGAAAAACAUGAAAACUUCUUGUUAAGAUCAUAGACUUGAAAUUUGCAACAAAGAAAUGGCAUGUGUACUGAACUUUUCUAGGCAUCCUAAACUAAGACUCAACUAUGUGUUCUUUGUUAAUUUUUAUUGUUGCUCGCCUGUGUGAACUUCCAUCAUUUUAAAGUUAAAUAUCUGUGCAUAUUGUAGACUAAUAUCCUGGAAUGGAUGUUUCUUUAACUUUUUAUUUGUUCUAUUUUAAAGAAAAUAAAAUGUUUUAAUUUGAUGUGAAUUUUUUUUUCCAGGUUCGAUUUUCAUGUAUUAUUUUAUUUUGAUUUUAAAACGUGUUUUCUGCGACCUA